GCUAGUAAACAAAAGUAUUAGCAGUAUCAGACACAUAAAAACUUACUAGCCAUUGUAUUCAUGUUACCAAAAUAUUGAUGUAUAAUGGCAUCACGGUGGUUUAGUAACCUGCGACUUCAGGUUAUUCUUUGUAACCAAAAGUGUAUUGGAUGGACGGCCAAGGAUGUAUGGACAAGAUCAGUAUAUAGCGUGACAGGAAUUUGGGAAAAUGAAUUAACAAGAGAUGCGAAGCUAAAGUUGGAACGUCAUUGGCGAGAAGCCGUCACCAAAAACACAGCUUCCACGUAUGAUGGCGACAAACAAAAAUUCUAUGUCCUGUCAAUGUUUCCGUACCCUUCCGGAAAACUACACAUGGGCCACGUUCGGGUGUACACAAUCAGUGACACAAUGUCCCGGUUCUACCGGAUGAACGGUAAGCAUGUGAUACACCCAAUGGGUUGGGAUGCGUUCGGUCUGCCUGCGGAGAAUGCUGCUAUAGAGCAUGGGGAACUGCCUGAUAAGUGGACGUACAGAAAUAUAGAAAGCAUGCGGCAGCAGCUGAAAGAUCUUGCCUGUAACUUCGACUGGGACCGAGAGGUUGCGACGUGCGACAAGGAGUACUACAAGUGGACGCAGCAUCUCUUCCUGAUGCUGUAUGAAUCUGGUCUCGCGUACCGCAAACACGCCCCCGUUAACUGGGAUCCUAUUGACGAGACGGUGCUGGCCGAUGAGCAGGUAGACGAAGAAGGCAAGUCGUGGCGGUCAGGGGCAAAGGUCGAGAGACGGCCACUGCGGCAGUGGUACAUAAGGACAACUGCCUACUCGAAGCAGCUGCUGGAUGGGCUGGACACGCUCAAAGAUUGGCGCGACAUCGUUAACCUGCAGAAGCACUGGAUCGGCGAGUGCAACGGCUGCAACAUCGACUUCCGUGUCGAACUCGACGGCGAAGAGCUAGCCGAUGGCUUGACUGUACACACGCUGCAUCCAGAAAUGCUGUUCGGCGUGUCGCACAUCUACGUGAAGUCGGAGCAUCUGCUGAAUGACGCGCGGUGCCGCGGCGGCGGUGGCGGUGGUGAGAAUCGUCUGAAGGCGAGCGCGGUGCAUCCGUUCACGCGACGACGCAUCCCGAUCUUCGCGACGGACAACGCGUCGUACGAGGAGCACUGCGACGCGCGGCUCGCGAUCCCGUGCUUCGUACCGGACGACCUCGACUUUUCGCUGCGAGCCAACGUGAAGUUUGUCAACGUGCUCGGCGCCGAUGACGACGGCAACGUCGUGCUUGUUAACUCAGCGGAGUUCUCGCGCAUGCCGCUGGCGGCGGCCCGUGACGCAAUCAUGCUGGGGGCGCGCGAGCGCCGCUGCGGCGGCUUCCCGGCGAGCGCAAAGCUCCGCGAUUGGUUAAUCUCUCGUCAGCGCUACUGGGGCACGCCGAUCCCGAUCGUGCACUGCCCGAGCUGCGGCGCCGUGCCCGUGCCCGCCGCCGACCUCCCGGUCGAGCUCCCCCGUGUCACGAAGUUCGACGGCAAGGGCGGCUCAAUCCUCGCCGGCGUUGCCGACUGGGUGAACGUGGCGUGUCCGCGGUGCGGCGGCGACGCGCGUCGCGAGACGGACACGAUGGACACGUUUGUCGACUCGUCAUGGUACUACCUGCGCUACCUGGACGCAAGCAACGCGACCGAGAUGUGUGGGCAAGACACGGCGCAGCGCGGCAUGCCCGUCGAUCUGUACGUCGGUGGCAAGGAGCACGCUGUCAUGCACCUCUACUACGCACGCUUCAUCUGCCGCUACCUUCACGACCGCGGCGUCGUGCCGCAGCCGGAGCCGUUCGUCACGCUGCUGCCGCAGGGCAUGGUGAUGGGUGAGAGUCACCGCGUGAAGGGCACGGGCCGCUACCUCGCGCUCGACGAGGUCGACGCAUCAGACGCGCGGCGCCCACUCGAGCGCAGCACGGGUGCCGCCGUCGUCACGCGCUGGGAGAAAAUGAGCAAGUCGAAGCGCAACGGCGUGGAGCCGCGCGAUGUUCUCGCCGAGUACGGUGUUGACUCGACGCGUCUCAUCGUGCUCGCCGACGUGCCGCCAAAGUCUCACCGCCGCUGGUCGCCUCACACGUUCGUCGGCGUGCUCAACUGGCAGCUGCGGCUGUGGCAGCUAGUGACGGCGCUGCGAGCGGCGCGGGCGCGCGGCGACGCCGGCUGCACGCUGGCCGCCGCGGCGGCGCAGCAGCGCGAGGCGGCGCUCGCCGACAGCCGCAACUUCUACGUGCGUGGCGCCACCUGGAACUUCCGGCAAUCGUUCAACCUCGCGAUGGUCGUAUCGAAACUGCAGGGUCUGACGGGCGACCUGCGGAAGGCGGACGCCGAGGUGGUGCGCUGCGGCGUGGAGUACGAGCGAGCGCUGUGUGCGCUCGUCAUCAUGCUCGCACCGAUGGCGCCACACCUCGCGUCUGAGCUGUGGACGGGCAUCGCGUCGGUCGCGAGCGGAAGCAGCGCGUACGACUGGAGCGUUGGCGUGCUCGAGCAGCCGUGGCCGGAGGUCGACAUGCAUCACAAUUUGAAUCUGGUCAUUAAAGUGAACGGCAGGGAGGCCGCCACCGUGAAGGUUCCACGUCACACACUCGACACCAUGAGGGAAACUGGUGCACUCGAAUUAGCAUUGCAGCAGGAGUCAUUGCAGAAAUACAAGGGGAACGUCGAUAAAGUUUUCUUUAAGCUAUCAGUGGGAUACGAAGCAGAAAUCGCGAUCGUGACUCACGAUGCAAAGUCAGUGAAGGACUCCCGUAAGAAAGAGAAAAAUAGCUCAUUAGCCCUCUAAAGUGAAUUAGAGUGUACACACCUAAACAUGAUUGGGUGUGUAGUUUUUACACCAGUACACAAUUUACGAAAAAAUUUCUAUUCAGAAUGUUCUCAUAACUCACUGUUUUGUCAAGUUAUACGACCAAGUGUAUUGAAACCAAGUUUAUAUUGCAUGAACCUGUGGGAAGAUUAGUGUUUAUUAUAAAUAAAACCAAUUAUAACA